AUGUCGUUUAUCCGACUAAUCUUGUGUGUCACUGGAGUCUAUUCAUGUUUUUUGCUAUGGGCGAUUGCACAGGAACGACUAUCCGUACCCUUCAAAACACUAGACGACAAAUCUUCCGACAAAUUUAAAUCGCCUCUUUUCAUGGGAACGUGUCAAAGUGCACUAAGUGCAUUGUCAGCUCUAAUAUACAUCCUAAUCCGAAGCAAGCCUUCCGCUACCCUUUCUCAAAACCUUGGACUCGAACAUGUUGAACCUUCGGGCGGUAAGGCCAAUGGAUCCCCCGUCACCCCUAAUGGCAAGGCGCACGUCAACGGCCACGCCCAUAAACACGCCGACAAAGCCUCGACCCGGUACUCAACCAAAGCUCUUCUUUUCCGAUACCUCCAGUGCGCCGUCUUUAUCACCUCCGCAGCACCGUUUGGCUUCGCCGCCCUCUCAUACAUCUCCUACCCCGCGAUGGUCCUCGGGAAAUCUUGCAAGCUCGUGCCCGUCAUGAUCAUGAAUGUUCUCCUAUACCGCCGGAAGUUCGCGCCGCACAAGUACCUCGUCGUCUUCAUGGUCACAACGGGGAUCACCAUCUUCAUGGGGCUAGGCGAUGAGAAGAGGGGGAAGAAGCACGGUGCCGGAGCUGCCGGAACGAACGGACAGACACCGUAUGCUAACCUGAUUGGAAUCACCUACCUCCUCAUUAACCUCGCGCUCGAUGGCGCGACCAACUCGACUCAGGACGAGAUCUUCACUCGCCAUAAAGUUACGGGCCAGCAGAUGAUGUUUUGGAUCAACGUCUUCUGCACACUGCUGACCUCCGUGCUGUCCGUCCUCCCACUUCCAUACAUUCCGGUCAUUCAUCCGUCGGAUGACGGCAAGUCGGAGCUCAUGGGUGCUCUUACGUUCGUUCGCAACCACCCCUCUAUCAUGACCCCAUUGGCACAAUUCGCCCUGACCGGUGCCCUUGGCCAACUUUUUAUCUUCGAAACCCUGCAACACUUCGGCUCACUGACUCUUGUCACAAUAACAUUAACCCGUAAAUUAUUCACGAUGCUCCUGUCCGUGGUCAUCUACAACCAUAAGCUAACGAAGGGCCAAUGGCUCGGAGCUGCUGUUGUCUUCGCUGGAAUCUCGGUGGAAGCGUUUGUUAAGCGCAAGGAUGUUCACGCGAAACGUGUCAUUCAAGAGAAGGAAAAGGCAAAAAUCAAAUCAUUGUAA